GUCGUUGAAAAGGCGGCUUGCUGUCCACAAUUCAAAAAUGGGGAUUACAUGUCAAUUAACACACGAGUUUUUUACAAGUUUUUUAAGUUUUUUUCAAGUUUUUUACAACCACAAGAGAACGUUUUGUUGCUGCGCAUGCGCAAUGGAGGGCUUUGAAAAUCACGUGGACGCAACGCAUGACAUGCGCUGGAGGAAAGUAAAACAGAUAAUCGAGAGGAUGGUGUAACUCAAUCUGUCACUGUCAAUAAAAAAAUGCUCUUGAGGCAGUUGUGAAAGCUUUGAGGUUCGGGUUGACAUUAUUUAAUGAGACAUUCCGUUAUUUAUUGAUCAUGGGACCACUCGCGUAUCUUACUCGGAGGGAAACUAUUUCCGCGUGUCACAGACUUCACAGCCCUCAUCUGACUGAUGAAGAGAAUCAAAAAGUCUAUGGAAAGUGCAAUAAUUACUGGGGACAUGGGCAUAAUUACACUGUUGAGGUGACAGUGAGAGGUCCAGUGGAUUCCAAUACUGGAAUGGUCAUGAACAUUGCCGACCUCAAGGUCUACAUGCAGAAGGUUUUGAUGGACCAGUUGGACCACAAAAACAUCGACAAAGAUGUUCCUUACUUUGCGAAUAUCGUUUCAACCACUGAAAAUGUUGCUAUUUACGUGUUCCACGAGUUAAGGAAGAUCAUGCCUGAUCCUUCGUUGCUUUACGAAGUUAAAAUCUAUGAAACUGAUAAGAAUAUUGUUAUUUACAGGGGGGAAGAAUAAAGAAACAAAUGUUUCCUACGAAUUUUUGUCAUCAUUUGUUUUUUAUUUAUGUAAUAAUUAAUAAAUGAAAAAUUAUACAA